AUGACCCACUCCGGACUCAACCGCGCCGCGUCGACCGCGUCGAGCAUCACGCUCUGCGCCGCCCACCCCCUCUCCGACCUCGAACGCGGCACCAGAGCCCCCGCCUCGCUCUCCGCCCGCUACCCACCCGCCCCGCACCGACACAAGCCCCGCGCCCCCACCCCUCCUCGCCGCAGCUUCAUCCGUCUCUUCCUGCGCAAUUUCCGCUCGGCCUGGUUCAUCUACGCCCUGCUCCUCUCCGUCGCCUUCCAGCUGGUCGUCUUUGAACUCGCCUCACUCCUCAGCCGCGCCAUCCUCGGGCCGUCUACCCCCGCAGGCCUCGCAGUCAGACGCGCCGGCAUGGAGGCCAGCCUCACCGGAUGGGCCAUCCUCGGACCCCCUAGCGCGCUGUUGGGCGGAAUCGCCUGGGCCGCGCUCGACGCGCGCAACACGUACCACAGCGCCCCGCCGUACCGCGGCCCCUACAUGCGACACUACACGUAUGUCGGGGUGUGCGCCUCCCUGAUACUGUUCGCGGUGCAGGGCGUGGGCGCGCUCGUCAACAACGUGAUCUCGGCGAGGACGAACGCGGGGCGGUCUCCUGCGGAUCUGGCCUGGGACCCGCCAGCGCCGCCAAUCUCCCCGGAGGAGCAAUACAUGGACCACGUCUACUCAGCAUCUUCUCAGACCCACGAGUCGUCGUGGGAGUCGAGAAACGUCGCCAGGGACGACGCAGUCUGCAGCGUCGGAUUCCCUACGCCACAAGAAAUGUACUACGUCCACCGUUACCUUCGCGACCUCGAAGCCGCCGCGUCCCUCGAGCCUGAAAAAGACAGUAGAAAGCGGAGAUAUCGAGGAUUCACGAGUUACCACGACUGGUUUAUCGAGCUCUCUCAGCACAUCCCCAAACACCUCGCAGUGCUCGAAAGCGUACUCGCCUCGGCGAUGUGGAGCACAUUCGUCUGCACCGCCGCGAGCACCACCUUCGCGCACUUCGGCCUGUUCUUCGUGCGCAGCGCCCAGCACCCGAUAAUCGCGUUCGUCGCCGCCUUUGGCUGGACCGCGCCCAUACUCGGAAGCAUGCCACUCGGGACCAUAAUCGGCAUUUAUGGGCACGACCAGUAUCAGGCGAUGAUACGGUCCAAAUAUACGUUCGGAGAAGGCGAAGGGAGGAGCAUCAUCGCGUGGAUGACGUUGUUGAGCGUAUACGCAGGGCUCGUCGCACUUGUGCUUGGGGCGGGCAUCCUGCGUUUAUUGGGGGAAAGCGCGGCUGAGGAGGUCGGGACGGCGAAUGUGGUGAUGUUGGCGUUGAGUGGCAUGGGACCGGUGGUUUACGUCGUGUGGUGCUGCUUUGGUGUACUCGGGCCACUGCUCGAUCCCCUUUCAAACCCCUCGGCGCGUUCAAGCCGGAACACCUCCUCGACCACAGAGAUGUCCCCUGUCCCCGCGGAACCCACCUCCUUCGUCGAAAUUCCUCUCCAUGACCUCGAACGAGGUGCCGUGGCCGGCCGCACCCCCGCGCUGCCAUUGAAGACUACCAGAAAGCCGAACCCAAACCGCGCGCGCAUCUUCUUCCACGUGCUGUUCUCGCCACCCGUAUCCUUGGCGUGUCUUCCGACCGCCGUAGCGGCCCUUCUAGUGUGCCUCCCCGCCGUUUACGUCGGCGCCACUCUCCUUGGAUCGAACUCCCCUGUGGACGUCCCAGUCGACAACCACCCCAACACGGCCGCCUUCGCCGCGGGAAUUACCGCCUUCAUCCUCUUGCCGUCCCUCGUCGGCGGGCCCAUCCGCGCGGCGCUCGAGGCGCGUCGCGGCACAUACGACGACGAGACGGACGAGGAGCGCCACCCGCGCCUGCUAGUAUGGAUCCAUUGUGUCGCGCUGCUCACGGUCAUGCACGCGUUCUUCUUCUACCCCGUUGGCGGGCUGCUGGUGAACGCGGUCGCGGCGGCGCGCGACCGCCCGCUGCCGUUGUCGGGCGAGGAUCUCAAGCACUUGUUGGCGGUGGAUGCAGUGGGCGUGGCGGUCGUCGUGCCUGCGUGGGUGAUGUUGGCGUUUAUAGGCAGCCAUCCGGAAGCCUGUUGCUGCAUAGCCGUAGAUUCAUCUACAGCGCCCAGUGCAUUCGGUUAUAUCGCGAUGGCUGAUCUCGAACCCUGGUGCAAUUAA